GUCUAUAAAUGAUAAGGAAAAAUAACCAAAAACAAUUUAAUUUUGAUAUUUGUCAUCGAGUGAUCAAUCGUUUUUAUUCCAAAUUUUAAAGUAACAAAAAAAUGUCUUUUGUUAUUGUCAGUUCCGUUGAUGAACUUUAUGGUCCAACAGCCAUAUCGACGGAAGAUUCAAUUCUUCAUGAACAAUUAGCUGGUGGUAAUGCACAGCAAUUAAAUGAACAAAAUUCUUUGACAUUAUCUCGUCGCCGUCAUCAUCAUCAUCAUCAUAAAAAAAUUGAUAAAUCUGAUAACAAAUUGGAUAAAGGUAUACGUAAAUUUGAAGCUAAAUUAAGCGAUUGUCGUGAUGAAGAAAAAGCAGAAAAACUUCGUGAAAAAAUUGAAGCUUUAUGUCAACGAAAAAAAGAUCGUAUAGCCAUAAAUCAGGAAACAAAAAUCAAUUAUGAUCCACAUGGAAAAUCAAUCGUAUUCAAAGUUGAAGAUGCUCCAGUUCGUGUUCUGAAUAAAUUACAUCAACUUGGCUAUACAUUAGUACCAAGUGCUGGUGGAAAAGGUGGCCUUGAAACUGGUUUAACAUGGACACUAUUUCGUCCAAAUUAUGAACCAACUCCUAUUUAUCCAAAACUUAACGAUUUGAUCAGUACUGAUUAAUCCAUUCAC